CAUGGCCGACGCAGACUUAGAGCUGGAUUCAGAAAGAGCCUCGGCAAACUUGACUCAUCAGACUGUUAGAAAGAAUAUUUCUUUGAAAUUGAAACCGAAAACUGAAGGAAAGCCGAAGAAAAAAGACAGAAAGAAAAGUGAUAAGAAAAGCAUAAGCGAAGGUGAGAAAGAAAGCAAAAAAAAAAAAGCGUCAAUUGAGGCAGCUUCUCUUGCAACAAAAUCUGGAAAUGAAUUACUAUGGAAUCAACAGUUGUUGCUUAUUGGUCAAAAAGUUCAAGAUCCCUUACUUCAUCAAUGUGAAACAUGUGCCUUGCCAAUACUGCUGUAUGGAAGAAUGAGUCCAUGUAAACAUGCAUUCUGCCUGUCUUGUGCUGAGAAAGCCAGUGGAAAAUGCCCCAGAUGCGGUGAAAUUGUACAACGUAUCGAACCAGCUCGCCUGGGUCAUGUAUUCGUGUGUUCCUUUGGGGGCAGUCGCUAUGGUAUAUCGGGCUGUAGACGUAGCUACCUCUCUCAACGAGAUCUCCACGCUCAUAUUAAGAGACGGCAUCAAGCAGAAGCUAGUACAGCUGCAAGUGACUUGUCUCCUGAAUUUGCAGCUGAUUUAAAAAGAUCCGAAAUGCCCACAUACCCGAAUCCUAUGCCAGCCGUUCCUAUUCUUCGAGAGACGAUUCCACCUCCAACUGAUAGAGCUUUUGCAGGUCGCCUUCCUUUGGUUACUGACCGGCCAAUGCAACACCCAGUUAUCCCUAUAGAUGCCUAUCAAGCACGCCAACCCGCACCUAAUUUUCCACCCGCGCAAAGCGUGGUGCAAAGAAUGGCUACCCCACCGGGUCCUCCACGAAUGAUCCCCGGGGAUCCGAACCUCGUCAGACCACGGUUCGAGGAAAUAUCCCGUCAUGCUGUGCCCGUGGGCCAGGCUAAUGUACGAUUCUCUGCACCCGAGGGUGAGAUACGACCUGGUUGGAUACCGAAUGAAAGAAAGUGGCCUCAUCCACCUCGCGGAGAGGGGAACUGGAUGCCACCAAGGUCAGACCCAGGGACAGUGCCUGUGCCCCGCUCUGUAAGGCACGAAAGACCACCUUUUAUUAGAGGUGCAACACCAUUCUACUGAAAUCAGAUGAUAUUAGAUUUUCAUGUUUUAUAUGCGGAUUUAGUUUCUGUAUAAUUAGUAAAUACGAAGUAAAUACGUAGGUAGUAAAUACGAAUGCAAUAGCAGACCUCAAUACACUUUGUUUUCGUCAAAAUAUACGGUACGAACUCAUUAGUACAAAGGCGUUGUAUUCUCGGCAUCUCGUUCAAUUGCUACUCUACUGACUCUGCUUAGCCGUUGUGGUUGAAAAUUGUUGAUCAUUUCUGUUUCAAAUAUUCAGUAGCCUUUUUGGCAGACGGUCCCUACAUUUUGAGACGAAGAACUAAAGACUAAAGUCGCAAACGCAAUAAAUGUAAAUAUUUAUGAACACUGUAAAAUCAUGAACAUUGAAAUUAUAUUCACCGCCAGUGGAAAAUCCGGCACAUGUACUUAUAUGA